ACGGCUGACCUUUGAGGUGGCGGCCAUGGGGCGCUCGAGUUGGCGGUUGGUGUUUGCGGCUGGUGCCGGUCUCGCGCUCGCCCUAGAGGCACUGCCGUGGCUGAUGCGUUGGCUGCUGGCUGGGCGGCGGCCACGGCGCGAGGUGCUCUUCUUCCCCUCACAGGUGACCUGCACGGAGGCUAUACUGCAGGCCCCAGGCUUGCCCCCCGGGCCCUCCUCGGGCUGCCCGUGCAGCCUCCCACACACCGAGAGUUCGCUGAGCCGCCUGCUGCGCGCGCUGUUGGCCGCCCGCUCCAGCCUGGAGCUCUGCCUCUUUGCCUUCUCUAGCCCGCAGCUGGGGCGUGCGGUGCAGCUGCUGCAUCAGCGCGGGGUGCGCGUGCGGGUCAUCACCGACUGCGACUACAUGGCCCUCAACGGCUCUCAGAUCGGCCUGCUGCGCAAGGCAGGUAUACAGGUACGGCAUGACCAGGACCUAGGCUACAUGCACCAUAAGUUUGCCAUCGUCGACAAGAAGGUGCUCAUCACCGGCUCCCUCAAUUGGACCACACAGGCCAUCCAGAACAACCGUGAGAAUGUUCUGAUUAUGGAGGACACCGAGUAUGUACGGCUGUUCCUGGAGGAGUUUGAGCGCAUCUGGGAAGAAUUUGACCCCACCAAGUACAGCUUUUUCCCCCAAAAGCAACGAGGGCACUGACCUGCUUUGCCUUGCUCAGUCUUCCAACUUGUUGCGAUGUUCUUCCUGCUCUGCAUGAGCCUUUCCUGGCAGCUGGGGGCAGCUGACAGUCUUCCUGUGCGUGCAUCCCCACCAGAAGUUAGGAAGGAGGUGACAGUGCUGGACAGUGCUGUAGGCUGUCCUAGUAGUUGCCUAGAUAGGCAGCAUCCUCUUCUGGGCCCAGUGGCUUUUGGGCAUCAUUAGACAUGCCUCAUAGUAUGCUGACCUUCAGCAACUGGGAUUGUCUCCCUGCAGUGAGUAGAUACUGGUAGCACUACCAGUUGGCCAUGCCUGUAGCUGUGUCCAGGCUUUGCUUUUCCACGCCCCUCACAUUUAGAGCAAUACUGUGGACUUAGGAGUGACCUCGCCUCUAGCACCUGUGGUGGACUCAGUGGAUUUACUCAUGGCUUUUUACUCAGUAAUGGAUCAGAAGUUGACGACAAAGGGAAUAUUGGAGGUAAGCAGAUUGCCCAGGCUGUUACCUGGUGGGCAUUUACAGGAGUCGGAGGAACAGCUUCUCACAUCCAUCUGUGACGUGUUUCAAAUUAUUUUUUGUAUGCAAGUAGGUCAAGUGACAUGAGCUAGUUUAUCAUUGUUCCUGCUUGUGUGCAUGACAAGCGUCAUGUGGCUCCUUGGUCUGUCUUGAGUGAAGUGUCCUUUAGCUUAACAGCAGAUACCGCACAAUGUAUGUUUUCUCAUUAAAAAAAAAAAGUUUUUGAGGGGGAGGAGGUGGAGGUGGGGAGGGUCUCACUGUGUAGCCCUGGCUGACCUGGAACCCAUUAUGUAGACCAGGCUGGUCUUCAUUUCACAAAGAUCUGCAGGGGUCUGCCUCAUGCACUGGGAUUAAAGGCGUGCACCAGCAUGCCCAGCGGUUUUCACACUUUUUAUUGUUCCUUUUACUUAGUGUUAGAUAAGUAGACUUGAUGUUGAUUUUUCCAAAAGAUUUAACAGAAACUGUAAAGUAUAAUAUACUCAGAAUUAGUUAUGUUGGAUAAGUGCCUACCCUUUUGGAGCCUGUGGAUUCUUAAGUGUGUACUCUGGAAGGAGUGUGUAUGUGUGUGUGUGUGUGUGUGUGUAUAAGAUCACAAAGUGUCCUUUGAGUUGACAGUGUCGUUGAGGACCCUUACCUUCUGGCAUAUUUGAAUAAAUAUUUUCGAGUCUGAACUGC